CAGAGAGACAACGACGAAACGAGGGAACAGCAACAACACAGAGGGGAAGAGACAGAGAGACAGAGAGACAACAGCAGCAGGAUCAUCAUCAUCAUCAUCGUUGUGGUUGUUAUUGUUGAGCUUCGCUAUUAUUCCCCCCUCCCAUUAAUUCCACCCCUCAUAUCGUGACCUUCACCCGCCCCUCCUCAAACCCACCGCAUUCCUUUCUUACUCUUUGUCACGCGUCACUGAGUUACUUUCUUGUCGUCACCCUCCCAUAAGUAAUUUAAGCUUUGUUAUAAACCCUUUUUACGUUACAAGUACCUCUGUUUUCCCUUUCGGUCCAAAUCAUCCAAGUCACUGGGAGGGAGAGUCUGAUCCUGAAGAAUUUCGCAUCAGUCAUUUGGGUUCCUGCAUUUGGCUUGGCCGAGAUGAGAUUUGCUCCCGUCACCUGCUGCUAGCUGAUCAGUGCGUCGACAUCUGCCAUGACCGAGUCCAGACUGGAUGAGCUUGUCAAAGGUGCCCCUGCGCCCAACGUUUCAGUCCCGAAACCUGCCCCGUCCAUUGGCAAGUCACCCGACGCCGACGUUGAAGCUGGGGCAGCAACUUCUCCAUUCGUCUCUUCGACCGAUCCGGUGAUAUCCACCCUACCUUCGUCGCCACCGCAGAUAUACUUGAAUCUAUUAAUUCUCGAAGCGUCGCUGCGAUCGCAAUACCUGACCCUCCGUGCUCGAAGGCGCCAGUAUACCUUCUUCCUGCUCCUGCUCACGCUUUGGAUCUCAUACUUUGGCUACGCGCUCUUUCUGCGACCACGUGAAGAUGGCAGUGGUGUGGGUGGCUCCGUAUACUGGGUGGUCGAGAUGGGCGAGAAGCUUGCUCUCAUGGGCGGUGUCGUGACGGGCAUUCUGAUCUGGGGCACUGGACAGUGGGAGCGUGGUAUUCGUUGGCCGCGGCGCUGGGUGGCAAUUACGAACCGCGGACUGCGCACCAUGAAUACCAAAAUCGUUGUCGUAAAGGGGCCAUGGUGGAAAGAGAUGAUUUCACAUCUUUCUUUUUUGUUUCCAUUUGCUCCAUUUUCGGCAUCAAACGGUUCAUCAUAUCAUUUCGUACCGGGCGCACCCCGCGAUAAACGCCGCGACAUUGAUGAGGAAGACGAAGAGGAACAAAACGGGGUGGAGGAAGACCUCGCGUCAGGCGGCGACUAUAUAAAGCUUUUACUACUUCCAAAGCCGUUUUCGCCGGCGUUUCGGGAAAAUUGGGACACAUACCGCAGCGAAUACUGGGAGAAAGAGAACGAGCGACGAGCAGGUUUAGGACGCAAAUUGCGGCAGAGGCAGAGACAUCUCGCGAAGGAGCAGGGCGGAUGGCUUUGGUGGACAGGUUGGAGGGGCUGGAAGAAGAGAGCCAACGGGUCUGGCGGUCGUGGUGGAACUGCUGAUAAGCCUCAUCGACGACAGCAUUAUCAUCAUCAUCACCACCAUCAUUCCCAGCACCAUCAGCCGCUUGAAAAGGAACUCCCACGAUAUCGAACUCGGGGGCUGAGCACCACAUCUGGUACAGGUCGCUCUGGGUCCAACUCUCGAGGCUCGUCGCGUAGCUCCACGAACACGCCUGAAAUGGAUGAUAGACCUCUCUCAGAGCAGCCACGGAGAGGCAGCAGCCAUGCAAGCGGGGCAGGUGAGAGGCGCAAAAAGUUGAAAGCCACGGGAGGUGGGUCAGGUACUAUACGGAGUCUAUCCAAGAUAACCCCUACGGGCUCUCGUCCAACUACUCCUCCUAUUGCAGAUCCACCACGAACAAGCAGCUGAACCCUACGUAUGCCUAGACUAUUAUUCAUGAUACUGUGGACUAGCCCUUUGCAAAUUUUAUUCGCGAAAGUACAAAUAUGAAUGACUUUUUUUAGACAAAUAUAUAAAUUAAAUUAAACUCUCCUCCCAAGGGCA